AUGGUUAAGCCUAUUAUAGCACCGUCAAUAUUAGCGUCUGAUUUCGCCAAUUUAGGAUGCAAUUGCCAUAGGAUGUACGAUUCGGGGGCCGAUUGGUUACACAUCGAUGUAAUGGAUGGACACUUUGUACCGAAUAUAUCAUUGGGACCACCUAUUAUUUCCAGCUUGAGGAAUGAGAUUCCAAAAUCAGACACGAAACCAAGUUUUUUCGAUUGUCAUAUGAUGGUCUCUGAGCCAGAAAAGUGGGUUCCUGAGAUAGCUAAGGCAGGCGGAGAUCAGUACACGUUCCAUUAUGAAGCAACCAAAGAUCCUGUUGGAUUAGUGAAGCUUAUCAAAUCACAGGGAUUGAAGGCUGCGUGUGCAAUUAAACCAGGAACUUCAGUAGAUGUGUUGUAUCCUUUGGCUGAACAUUUAGAUAUGGCUUUGGUUAUGACAGUAGAACCUGGAUUUGGUGGUCAAAAGUUCAUGCCUGAAAUGAUGCCAAAGGUGGAAGCUUUGAGAGCGAAGUUUCCCAAUUUAAACAUUCAAGUUGAUGGAGGCUUGGGUAGAGAUACAAUUCCUGCUGCAGCAAGUGCGGGUGCUAAUGUAAUUGUUGCAGGAACUUCAGUCUUUAAGGCAACUGACCCAAGUGAACUUAUCCAAUUUUUGAGAACUGCUGUUGAAGAUAGUUUACUGUCGAAAGGCCUACUAGACAAGAAAUGA